GUUCAAAACACAUUUCGAGAUCUUGAAGAAUCAAAUAUUAUUUGCCCAUACAUGAGCGAUGCCAUAAAAGAGAUAUCUAAAGCAUGCCAAGCCUUUGAAGCCAAAGAAUCAGCGCCUUCAGUUGCUGUUACAGCAUUGCACAACCUUCAGUCUGAGGUCACAAAAGUUUACAUAUUGAGGCUCUGUUCAUGGAUGCGGACUACAACUGAGAAGAUAUCAACAGAUGAAUCCUGGGUCCCAGUAUCUAUUUUAGAAAGGAACAGAUCUCCAUAUACAAUUUCUUCCUUGCCUCUGGCUUUCCGUUCAAUUAUCACAUUUUCAAUGGAUCAGAUCAAUCUAAUGAUUCAGUCUUUGAGGAAUGAGGCUAUGAAGUCAGAGGACAUAUUCAUGCAGCUUCAAGAAAUUCAGGAAUCUGUUAGACUUGCCUUUUUGAACUGUUUGCUUAAUUUUGCCGGCCAGCUGGGGCACACUGGCAAUCAGCUUCUGGACGAAUAUAAUAGAGAAAGUUUGCAUUUUCAAAACGGGCAUGCUGAACCAGAAGAAAAAUCAUCGGAUCCUCUUCCUGGAAGUAUUGUAGAUCCACAUCGACAGUUGCUGAUGGUUAUAAGUAAUAUUGGGUAUCUCAAAGAUGAACUUGCUCAUGAAUUGUACAGCAAGUACAGACGAACUUGGCAGCAGCCUAGGGGUAAGGAUGAAGAGGAUGGUGAUAUGCAAGAUCUGAUUACGUCUUUCUCUGGGCUCGAAGAGAAUGUGCUUGAGCAGUAUACUUGGGCGAAGACAAAUUUGAUUAGAACAGUUGGUGUAAACUAUUUGUUGGAGGGUGGUAUACAAUGGGGUGCUGCACCAACAGUUAAGGGAGUGCGAGAUGCUGCUGUGGAAUUGCUACACACUUUAGUUGCUGUACAUGCAGAGGUCUUUGCCGGUUGUAAGCCUCUGUUGGAUAAGACACUUGGUAUUCUUGUUGAAGGCCUAAUGGACACUUUCCUAAGCCUUUUCCAUGAAAACCAAGACAAAGAUUUUACGGUAUUAGACGUGAAUGGCUUUUGUCAGCUUAUGCUUGAGCUUGAUUAUUUCGAGACCAUAUUGAACCCUUAUUUUACACAUGAAGCAAGGGAGUCUCUGAAAACUUUACAAGGGGUCCUCUUAGAGAAAGCGAGUGAGAGUGUGACAGAGACUAUUGAGACUCCAAGUCAUAGCCGUCGGCCAACACGUGGAAGUGAUGAUGUACUUCAGGAUGAAAGGCAGCAAGGGACGUCUGUAUCACCUGAUGACCUGAUUGCUCUUGCGCAGCAGUAUAGUUCUGAGCUACUUCAAUCUGAACUUGAGAGGACCCGAAUCAAUACGGCAUGCUUUGUGGAGUCAAUUCCUCUAGACUCUGUCCCAGAAUCAGCAAAAGCAGCUUAUGCUUCUUUUAGAGGAUCAAUGGAUUCUCCUGGUAGAGAUUUUAGAGGAUCUCAAAAUAUUGGACCAGCAAGCUUCUCCAAGCAUAGACGUCGAUAAAUUAUAGGUCUAUUUUCUUUUCUCAAGGACGAGUUGAGUUUAACAGUACCAAGAAUGUAAGAUGAUUGGCUGUUGGACGACAGUCUUAUGUCCUGUGUAUAGUGAUUUCAACUUUUCCAGUGACCAUCCCAUAUCUCCAGCUGCACAGUGGGGAAGCCUCUUCAUUCGAGUUGUGAAACACAUAAGACCAUAGGUGACUUGACAAAUUAAUGUCAAGGUGUAUCGCAAAAGUUUUCGUUCUAUCCAAAUUUAGCAAGGGCCAUAGUAUUGUAUGGCUUCCAAUUUUGUUUACUUUUAGAAGUCAGCUUCAGCUGCUUUGAUCUAAGAUAAUCUUUUGGAGAAGGAAUUGGUCUUCAUUAGAUCAGUAUAAUAAUGAUGGAAAAGCAAGGUAUUUCUCUUUGGGAAAUAUGCUGUUUUAAAAAGCCCAUUCAGUUUCUGUAUUUUCUUGCCAGAAAAUUUUGGUGAAAAGUGGGGAGUUACUUGCAGUUUCUCUUGUUUCA